AUGUGGAAGAAGCAGAAAGAGCUCCUUGAUGCUAUAAUGCAUGGUCGACUGGACGAUGUGAAGCGGCUCGUGGAAGAAAAAGGCGUGAAUCCCAACUACGACAAUGGCUUUGCAUUGCGCGCUGCUACUUUGCAAGGUCAUACGAACGCCGUCGACUACUUGCUGAAAAAGAACGCGUCGACGGAAUUUUGUACUCCGUUUGGAUAUACACCUCUGAUUUUCGCUGCUCAACACAAUUAUCUCAAAAUCGUGCGUCUCCUCUUGGACGCCAACGCAGAUAUCAACGCCAAAACCAACUACAACAAAACAGCGCUCGACAUUGCGGUUGAAGAGGGACACAAUGACGUGGCGCAGCUCUUGCGCAGCCAUCCUCAACGCAAGAUCAACAAUCUUCUACCGACCUCGCACGAACGCAUCCAAGACGCCAUCCACCUCAUCAAGGAGCCCCAUACCGACGUGAAUCUGCGAGAUGGCAAUUUUGUCCCGCUGCUGCAUUUGGUGACCGACACGGGUAACAUGGAGCUACUGCAAACUCUCCUUGAAGAGCCUGCCCUUGAUGUGAACGCCACCGACAAGGACGAGCAAAUGGCGCUUGCCCGUGCGAUGGCCAAGAACGACAUGGCUGCGGUUGUUGCCCUUUUGAAAGCCAACGCCAGUCUUGGCCAGCUGAGCGAGGCGCAACUGCGCGCCCUCAUCGAAGCUGAUCUCUCUGGCAAUGCACUGCUUCAAGCCGCCUCGACCAACAACGCUAGCCGCGUCGAGGGCCUGAUCCUCGCUGGUGUCCGUCCUGGAACCACCAACAAGGACGGAGCCUCCGCGCUGCACGUGGCGGCUGCCAACGGCAACGACGCCAUCGUCCAGCUACUGCUGGCAAAGGAUGCGUCACUCUCGCUCCAAAGCGACCAUCGAGGCAAUCUGCCGCUGCACCUCGCGGCAGCACACGGUCACUUGACCAUCGUCGAUCACUUGCUCAAAGACUCGACCCUCAGUAGUGGUCUCGACUGCACCAACAACGCGGGUGAGGAGCCCCUCUUCGCGGCAGCCAAAACGGGGCAUGACACCGUCGUCAAACGCUUGCUUGAAGCCAAGGCCAAAACCAACACCACGGCCACGGAUGGUUCGACGCUCCUGCAUGCCGCCGCGCUGGGUGGCAGCGUCAUCAUCCUUCGUCAUCUCCGAUCGCAUUUUUCGACCGUUGACGUCUGCGACGAGAGGGGGCAGACGCCAUUGCAUGUCGCGGCCAAGCAAGGACAUGACACAGCCGUUCAAUUCCUCUUGGGCGCCAACGCCAGCGUAUUUGCCACAUCCAGCGACGAUGCGACACCGCGGAUGCUGGCGACAGCGCCGACCGUUCUCACCAUCUUGCGCGACGCCGAAGCAAGAGCGCACGCUGAAGAGCGUACGCUGGCAAACGCCAUCGGGGCGCGUCAUUGGAAGCAAGUCCAGAGGCUGAUGCUUGAUGGCGUCGCCGUCACGGACGCCGAUGAUGUGGACACGAUUGUGGACGAAUGGCUCGCUACCGGCGACCCAUCGCUGCUGCAAGCGAUAGCCGCUGGUCCAAAAGAGCUGGCCCAGAAAGCGCUGCAUGCAGCAGCGGUCAGCAACAAGGUGCGGCUGGUGAUGCGCCUACUCCACGCCUCAUCGUCCGAUCUUGAUGUUGUCUCCAACACGGGACCAUCUCCGUUGCACGGUGCUGCUCGAGAAGGCAAAACGGCAGUCCUCACGCAUUUGCUGGCCAGAGCCCGCGUCCCCAUCAACACGAAAAACGAGGAAGGGUACACGGCGCUGGCACUCGCGGUUCGGAACAACAAGAGCUUAUCGGUGCAGCUGCUCCUUUCCGUGGGCGCCGACCCCAUGAUCCCAAUGCCGGAUGGCACGUCACUUGUGCAAAUGGCGUCUGCGGGUCUUCCGACUACACGCAACGUUCUGGCCGCGCUGUUUGAGACCUUUGGGGUCGUUCUCGCGCCAGACGAUGCUCCAUGGGACGAGGCACUCGCGCAGGCCCUCGUACACGCCGUGCGUAAUGGCGACGAGAGGGCCGUGCGCUGCCUUUUAGACGCGGAUGCGAAGGUUUCGACCUUGCUACCGAACGGCCAAACGCUCUUGGCCGCGGCCAUCCAAGCGGACUACGAUGCCAUUGCGCGACUGCUUUUUCAACCUCUGUACCCGGAGGCCGUGACGGCUUCUCUGGCCGACGUGGAGCUGGGGGCCGGCAUCUUCUCGCACAGCAAUGUCCUUGUCGUCAAGGCCACGUACCAAGGCAAGGCCGCCGUCUUGAAAGGGCCAACGACACACGUCCAACGCAUUGCCGAUUCCUUCCAAAAUGAAGUCGACAACAUGCGAGUAUGCUCGUCCCCGUAUGUGCUGCCGCUGCUCGCGAUCCUCGACACCAAGACGCGCGAGCCGCUGCUCGGGAUCGAGCACGACGUUCUCAACAGCCCGGCGAUGGUGAUGGAGUACAUGGACCAAGGCGAUCUAAGCAAGUACCUCAAGGCGAAACGGGAUGGGCGGCCGCUGGCCUUGGAGCUCUCAACGAUCGAGGUCGCGCUAGUCGUGGCAAGAGCACUCGCCGACCUCCACCGCCGCAACAUGAUGCACCGCGACGUCAAGAGCCUCAACAUCUUUCUCUCGAGAACCCACUAUAUUCGAUUGGGCGAUCUCGGCUCGGCGCGCACCCUCGACCCAAACAAUACCAUGACGUCCAAUGCCGGCACUCCGUACUGGAUUGCGCCCGAGGUGCUUCGGGACCCGGAGCAUGCAGGCGAAGGUCGCAUCUAUACGACGGCCGCCGACAUUUACUCGUUUGGCGUCGUCUUGACCGAGCUCGACACCCGUGACGUGCCGUACCACGAUGUCGUUGGUCCCAAGCGCGGUUCGAUCCUCUCCAAGGUCCUCGCGGGAGAGUUGCGCCCGACGAUGAGUGCGACGUGCCCUCGCUGGCUCCACACGCUUGCCAACCAGUGCAUGGCGUUUGAUCCAACAAACCGUCCGACCGCCGAUGCCAUUGUUCAAGAGCUCUUGCUCCACCGCCACGACGACGCGCCGGCCCGCACCGAUGGCGUUUUGGUUCCCAGCCCUAAUACGAGCGCGACUGCCUAA